AUCCUGUGAGUGAGUAAUUCCGGGAAGCUCGCCUUACAACUCCGCGCGGCCCCCCGCGCCGCCCGCCCCACAACAAAACUCUGGCGCGUCGCUCCCGCGAGCCCGGCUCGGAGAGACCCGCGGUCGGGACCGGAGGGGAGACGGACCGGGGCUCGGGCCGGGACAGCAGCCCGAACGGCAGCGGGACCGCGCGUGCCAGGGGCGCCAGGCAAAGCGGGCCGAGAAGCCGGUCUCAGCCCAGAGAGCACCUUCUGCAAACAUGUCUGUGGAUCCCUUAUCCAGCAAAGCCCUGAAGAUCAAGCGCGAGCUGAGUGAGAACACGCCACACCUGUCGGACGAGGCGCUGAUGGGGCUGUCGGUGCGCGAGCUGAACCGGCACCUGCGCGGGCUCUCGGCCGAGGAGGUGACGCGGCUCAAGCAGCGGCGCCGCACGCUCAAGAACCGCGGCUAUGCGGCCAGCUGCCGCGUGAAGCGCGUGUGCCAGAAAGAAGAGCUGCAGAAGCAGAAGUCGGAGCUGGAGCGCGAGGUGGACAAGCUGGCGCGCGAAAACGCCGCCAUGCGCCUGGAGCUCGACGCGCUGCGCGGCAAGUGCGAGGCGCUGCAGGGUUGCGGCACUCCCCCCGGCCCCUUCCCACCCCACGCCAUCCUGACCCCUAAUCCUGAGAUGCUGAGCUCAGGCCUGAGGAGAAGGCAGCCGGAAACUCCGGGCCUGAGCUGA